AUGGGCAACGACGACGACCUUCGCGCGGCGGCCGCGGCCAUCUCUGGCACAUCCCCUUCCGGCUCGGGAUCCUCGGCACCCUCCUCCCACUACGACGAUGACAUUACCCCCUUCCCUUCCCCCAUGUUGUCGGCGCGCUCGCUUGCCGGUCUGUCGUUGUCGUCCGAUGGUGAGCUCGAGUCCGAAGUCGAUGAGCUGCGCGAGGUCACCGACGAGGACAGGGCCGCCGCCGCCGACCUCAAGGCUCAGGCCAACAAGGCGUUCGCCACCAAGGACUUUUCACGGUCCAUUGACCUCUACACCGAGGCCAUUGCGCGCAACCCCCACGACGCUACGUUCUGGAACAACCGUGCCAUGUCCAAGGGCAAGCUCGAGGAGCACGGCGCCGCCAUCUCGGACGCUACCAAGGCUAUUGGCAUCAACCCCAAGUAUGCCAAGGCUUACUACCGCCGUGGUGUGAGCGCGCUCGCUAUCAUGCGUCCCAAGGACGCCGUGGCCGACUUUAAGAAGGCACUCGAGAUUGAGCCAUCCAACCGUACAGUCCACGAGCAGCUGUCGGCCACUGUCAAGCUCGUUCGCAGGAUAGAGUUUGAGAAGGCAAUUAGCGUUGGCGAGACCGAGUCCGCCUCGCAGCGCUGUAUCACUGCCAUCAGCCACGGCGCCUGCGCCCUCGAGUCCAACCUCCCCGCCAAUACCCCUCUCCCCAUUAUCCCGGACGACCCUGCUGCGCGUUACACUCCUACCAAGGAGUUUGUCGAGAGCAUGAUUGAGACCUUUAAGAACGGAGGCAAGCUGCCUAAGCGCGUCGUGUGGGAGAUUGUCCUUGGUGUCUUGGCUAUCAUCAACAGCGAGCCCUCGCUCGUAGAGGUCACCAUCCCCAAGGGUGUGACCGUCGACGUCAUCGGCGACACCCACGGCCAGUUCUACGACCUGCACAACCUCCUCAGUAUCAUCACGCCGCCUUCGGAGGACCACAUGAUCGUCUUCAACGGCGACUUUGUCGACCGCGGGUCAUGGUCCAUCGAGGUGGUCCUGACUCUGUUUGCCUACAAGUGGCUCUACCCGGAGCGUGUGUUCCUCAACCGCGGCAACCACGAGACAAACGACAUGAACAAGGUGUACGGCUUUGAGGGAGAGUGCAAGUCCAAGCACGGCGAGAUGACCUACAAGCUCUUCACCGAUGUCUUCACUGCUCUUCCCCUCGCUACCCUCCUGUCUGCCGGCGAGGCUCCCUCGAGCCUCAAGUCCGAGGGCUCCAAGCCCGCCAUCCUCGGCCCCGAUGGCAAGAAGCGCUACUUUGUCGUCCACGGCGGUCCUCCCGUUAGCAAGGACGGUGUCACCCUCGACGAGAUUGCCAAGAUUGACCGUUACGGCCGCCAGCCCGGCCAGGAGGGUCUCAUGUGCGAGCUCCUCUGGACCGAUCCCCAGGAGCAGAUUGGUCGUGGCCCCUCCAAGCGCGGUGUUGGUCUCGGCUUUGGCCCCGAUGUCACGAGGCGUUGGUGUGAGCUCAACAAGAUCACUGCCGUCAUUCGCUCGCACGAGGUGCGGCAAGAUGGCUAUGCCAUCGAGCACGAUGGCCUUUGCAUCACGACGUUUAGCUGCCCCAACUACUGUGACUCGACUGGUAACAAGGCGGCGUACGUGCGCAUGCAGGCGGACGGCCAGCUGUCAUACCACCAGUUUGAGGCGGUGCCUCACCCCGAUAUCAAGCCCAUGGCGUACAGCUCAGGCUUUGGUGGCAUGAUGGGUAUCUAG